AUGGUUAGACGAAGAAAUAUUCAUUUUUUACAAAAAUGUUUAAUAAAAAUAUGUAUGUUGACAUUUUUAAUGAUGAUUGGUAGAAUACUCAUUGAUAAAAGAGAUUGGUCAUUUGAAAAGUUAACUGUUGUUAAAUUAACAUCGAAUUUCGACGAAGCAGUGAAAUUGAUAUCUCGUCUUCGUUCUAAUUAUUCAUCUAUCCAUGGUCUACGUUAUCGAUCUAUGAUCUGUACGAUAGUUAGAAAUGAUCAUUAUAUUGCAGAAUUCCUAUUACGACAUAUUAUAAGUGGCUUUUCUCACAUUGUCGUUUAUGACAAUAAUAGGAUUUUGGCUGGUUAUGAUAGUAAUAUAAGCGCUGUAUUAGAACCGUUCAUUGCAGCUGGAGUAGUAACACACGUUCCGUGGCAACAGAACACUACAGAAUUAUUUCUAUUCGAAUACCAAGAGAUUCAAGCUCAUGAGUGUAUCAAUAAAUAUGGAAUACAUGCAGAUUGGGUGGCAUAUUUUGAUACUGAUGAAUAUUUUUACUUUGAAAAACAAAAUGUUUCAGUGAACACACUUAAUGAUCUUCUUGUAGAACUUGAACAACACCCUUUAUGCGCAAUUCGUAUUCGUUGGACGUAUAUGUAUGGAGAAGGUACAAUGUUGAGACCGAAUCAUCCAUUAUUUGAAACAUAUCCUCGUAUAUGUAAAGCAGCAUUACAAACAAAAGUUUUAGGUAGAGCAAAUAAUACCAUCUUUCAUAUUCCUCAUGGAGCAUUCUGCAAAAAUACAAGUAACCAAACUGUAAUGACCUGGACACAGAGAAACAAUGCAAAGAUAGCAUUAAUUUAUUAUCGUAGCAAAUCUAUUGAAGAGUAUUUAGUUAAAGUAGAUCAAAGUAUGCCACCAUAUAUCCUCACUCCAAUGGAAUAUUACGUUCAUUCGAACGUAACCGUUUGUGAUAUCAUGGACUUUGGUUUCGCAGAAGACUAUAGACGUAUUUUUAUAAAUACUUACAAGCAGUUGAAAAUGCUACAUUCACUAACACCGAUUGAUUUAUUGUCGCCACCUGGUCUUGUAUUGAACGAAACCUAUUAUUAUAAACUUGAUAUGCAUCUCAAAUAUCGAUGUGCCAAACGACAGGAAUUUGAUCAUGAGAGAUACUUGAAUAUAAAUCCUGAUGUCAAGGAAGCUAUCCGAAAUCAUACUUAUACAGAUGGACUUCAUCAUUUUAUGGCUACAUUUUCAUCAGGAGCAAAAGGUUGUUGGAGAACAGGCAUUUAUUCGGUUUGCGAAUAG